AUGGCACUGAGUAUCCGAGAGGCGGACGCAAAGCGUCUGCUGUGGACGCGUCUGUCGGAUCCCACGCCGGCGACGGGUGCGACUCCACAGACAGCGCAUGUGCCUGCGUACAACGGCUUUGCGAGCUCAGAUGCCGCGCACGUUGACGAGUCGUGCUCGCUCCUCCGUGGCGUCUGCGUGGCUGUUGACAGCACCACAGACCUCGAGGACCUUCCCAGUGCGCACCCGUGGCUGCUGACGUCGCGACUGACGGUGAAGCCCGACGUCUUGCUCAAGCGGCGCGGGAAGAGCGGCCUCGUCAAGUUGGAUCUCUCCUGGGCAGAUGCCCAGAAAGAGCUGAAGGCGCUCAUGGGGACACAGUUCACCAUGCAGGGGCUGACGGGCACUCUCGAUCACUUCAUCGUUGAGCCGUUCUUUCCCCACGACGUGGCGGCGAACGAGUUCUACGUGGCGAUUCGCACGCUUCGCGAGGGAGACGAGAUCCUUUUUUCGCACCGAGGUGGUGUCGAUGUGGGGAACGUCGACGAGCAUGCGCGCCGCGUCCUCAUCCCCAUUGAGAGCCAGGCGAAGAACGAUGCGGAGCCGAUUUCGGCCAUGACGAACGGCUGCGUCCCAGCCGCGGUCCCUGCUGCCGCGGCCCCGUGCUCGACUUCGCUUUCGGCGGGAGACGCGAUGAAAGGCAACGUGAACGGAUCCACGCAGCCAAAGACUCUGGAGGAGAUCAGCAAGCGCGGCAGUGAGUGUCGACUGACGCAAGAAGAACUCGUCAGCCUCGUGGCGCCUCUCGUGACGGACGUUGCGGGGAACGAGGCGAAGAAGGCGCUGCCCGUCUUCCUCGCCGAACUGUACAGACAGUUCUGCGAGAUGCACUUUGCGUUUCUGGAAAUCAAUCCCUUCUGCUUCGACGCCGCGACGCACGCUUUUGCCAUUCUUGACUGCGCGGCGAAACUCGACCACACGGCGGAAUUCCUCUGCGACAAAAAAUGGGGACACAUCUGCUUUCCGAGCCCCUUCGGCAGACGCUUCACGGAGGAAGAAAGAUACAUUCGCGAGUUGGAUUCGAAGACGGGAGCGAGUUUGAAGUUGACUGUUUUGAACCCGAAAGGUCGGAUCUGGACGCUGAUCGCAGGGGGGGGUGCCUCAGUGGUGUACGCAGACACCGUCUGCGACUUGGGCUUCGGCGACGAGCUGUGCAACUACGGGGAGUAUUCGGGAGCGCCCUCGGAGAUCACCACCUACGAAUACACCAAGACGAUUCUCGGUUUGAUGACCGCUCCGGGCUCCUACCGCGAAGAAGGAAAAGUCCUGCUCAUCGGAGGAGGCAUCGCGAACUUCACCAAUGUGGCGGACACGUUCCGAGGAAUCAUUCGCGCGCUCCGCGACUUCCGCGAACAACUGCGGGAAUUCAAAGUGCGCAUUUACGUCCGGCGAGGCGGCCCGAAUUACCAGGAGGGUUUGAAGCGCAUGCGCGAAGUCGGCGAGGAGCUGAACAUCCACGUGAAGGUUUUUGGCCCAGAGACGUACAUGACGUCAAUCAUUCCGUUUGCUCUUCAGGACGAAGAGGGCGUGGACGCGUCGAAAUCCGAGAGCGAGAAGGAAGGCGAAGAGCCGGUUGCCGCCACUGCCUCGGGCUUCGCGGCCACACCCGCAACCAUGAACGAUAUGAUUGGAGACUUCGCGCAGCACCACGGGUGGGAUCUCAGUUUGUCUUCUGACGUCUUUGCGAGCGCAGGGCGGGCGACGUCCCCACUGCCAGAUUCCACGUCUGCAGGGAUCGUGCCCGUGACCCCGUCUUCCCGCGAAUCGCGCGGUACCUUUGUCCACGGCGGACGGCUGAGCCCGUGGCACGAGAUGACCAUGGAAGAAGUCGAGAAGAACCCGCACUUUGAGAAGUACAUCCAGGCGUUUCUCGCGCAGCAGAAGGCCACGGACACGCCUCCGGCAGGAGAGGCUUCCCACAGUACCGUCACCGCCAGUGGAGACGCGGGCACCGGAAACGCGCUGGCUUCAUUGUUGACUGACUCGCACGAGUCGCAGCUCUUCACCCAGACGACCAACUGCUUUGUCUGGGGACUGCAGACUCGGGCCGUGCAGGAAAUGCUCGAUUUCGAUCACGCAUGCGGGCGGAAGAAGCCGUCCGUUGCCGCGAUUCUGUACGAGUUCUCAGUCUCUCAUCAGCGCUCGUUCUACUUCGGCACGGAGGAGGUGCUGCUGCCUGUGUACCAGACGCUCCAAGAGGCCGUUCACCACUUCCCCGAAGUCAGCGUUUUGAUCAACUUUGCGUCGAUGCGCUCCGCGGCCUCCGUCACGCGUCUAGCCCUCGAAACGGCGCCGCAGCUGCGCACGAUUGUGGUCAUUGCGGAGGGGGUUCCCGAGCGCGAGGCUCGCCAGCUCGCUGCCGAGACGCGCGCUCGCGGGGUGUGCCUCAUCGGCCCAGCCACCGUUGGAGGCAUCACGAGCGGCGCGUUCCGCAUCGGCAACACGGGCGGAACUCUGGAGAACGUCAUGAACGCGCGGCUGUACCGCCCGGGCAGCGUCGGGUGUGUGACCAAGUCGGGGGGCAUGCUGAACGAAAUGAACAACAUUCUGUCCAUCGUGAGCGACGGGACGUACGAAGCGAUCGCCAUCGGUGGAGACCGGUUCCCCGGGACGUCCAUGCUCGACCACCUUCUCCGAUUCGAACGAAAUCCAGACAUCAAGUUCCUCGUUCUGCUCGGCGAAGUCGGCGGAGGCAUGGAGUACGAAGUCGUCGAAGCCAUCAAAGACGGGCGCCUGACGAAACCGCUCAUUGCGUGGUGCGUCGGCACGUGUGCGUCGCUGUUCUCCACCGAAGUUUCCUUCGGGCACGCCGGCGCGUGGGCCGGCAGCCAUCGGGAGCAUGCUGCUGCGAAAAACGCGGCGCUGAAGGCGGCUGGAGCCUUCGUUCCGUCGUCCUUCGACGAGCUCGGGAAGGCGAUUCGCCACGUGUACGUACAGCUGGUCAAGCAGGGCGUGGUCGUGCCGCGGAAAGAGGUGCCUGUCCCUCGCAUUCCCAUGGACUAUGCGUGGGCGAAGAAGCUCGGACUGGUGCGCAAACCCAAGGGUUUCAUCUCCACGAUCUCGGACGACCGCGGUGAAGAACUGCUCUACGCAGGCUGGCCCAUUUCCAAAGUCCUUGGAGACCAACUCGGGGUGGGCGGCGUGAUUUCCUUGCUCUGGUUCAAACGGCCGCUCCCGGAGUACUGCUACCGUUAUCUCGAGCGCGUUUUGAUGCUGACUGCAGACCACGGCCCUGCUGUCUGUGGCGCUCACAACGUCAUUGUCACAGCUCGCGCCGGGAAAGACUUAAUCAGCAGUCUGAUUUCUGGACUGUGCACCAUCGGGGACCGCUUCGGGGGCGCGUGCGACCAGGCAGCGCAGCAGUUCCUCGGGGCGUUCACCAGUCGCAUGGCACCGGCUGAGUUCGUCGCAGAAAUGAAGAAGCAGAACAAACUGGUCAUGGGGAUCGGUCAUAGAAUCAAGUCCGUGCAUAACCCAGAUAUGCGCGUGCAGCUUCUGAAGACUUUCUGCAAGUCAAACUUUCCGCAAACGCCUCUUAUUGACUACGCAGAACAAGUGGAGCAAGUGACUACGAAGAAGAAGGACACGUUGAUUCUCAACGUCGACGGCCUGAUCGGCGUCAGCAUGUGCGACAUGCUCUUCCACUGUGGGCACUUCACCGAGAACGAGGCAAGAGAUUAUAUCCACAACGGCUGCAUCAAUGGCCUCUUUGUCCUGGGAAGGUCAAUUGGAUUCAUCGGUCACUUCCUCGAUCAAAAGCGACUCAAGCAAGGCCUCUACAGGCACGACGUGGAUGAUAUUGCGUAUGUGCUGCCGGACUGGAGCAGUUCUGAGAACAAGGAUAAGUGA